GUAAUUUCUUCUUUUCCCUGCGACUCGAAUUUCAGCUGAAUUUGGGUUUUUACAACAAAUUCCACAUAUUUAUGAGAUUUUUACGUGUAAAUAGUAAAAACAAUUGAUUUUUAGGCUCUUUGUGAAGAUUUGAGUUGACGACAAGUGUUCUUACCGUCAUUACACAUCAUCGUCUUCCCUGGUAAUUUUCAGGCUUGGAUUUUUUUAUAUCGGUUAUAAGAACAUCGUGGAUCGGUUGCAUUGAGCGUGUAUUUGUGAUUGGACAAAUACAUUUCUUACCUGGUUAAAAAAAUCAUCCAAAAGGAUUCUGUUUGCGUUUUGUAAACGUCUACGUCUUAUCGUCAUUUCGUGGUUUAACAUUUCUACUCUUCCUCUACUUAUAGUAUUUGUAAAAGGUUAAAAAACUUUACGCUGUUGUCAUUGGCAUAGAGUUGAUUUUGAAAGUUUUAGAAGCUUAUGGCAACACGAGCAUUCAUAACUAUAAUUUUAUUGGUUUAGUGACUUACCUUUUGAUCCCUGAAGUUUAAUACUAGUUUCGUCUGGUCGUUAUUCCUUUUUGCAAGCAUGACAGCAAAAAAAAGAGAAGUUGACGAAGAAAAGCGUCGAAGAAUUUUAGAAAGAAACCGCAUUGCAGCUUCGAAAUUCCGACAGAAAAAGAAGGAAUGGAUCAAAGAAUUAGAGCAAACAGCGAAUGCUGCUUAUGAACAAUCGAAACGGCUACAAAUGAUGCUUUCUCAGCUACAACAAGAAGCUUUCCGAUUGAAAAGUCAAUUGCUCGCACAUCAGGGAUGUCCCUGUAGUGUAAAAAUCCGAUCAGUACUUACUGAUUUUCAAACAGCGCAUAACGCUUUGCAAGCCCAGCAUAUGGCUUAUCGCCCUAUGCAGCCUCCUCCAUCCGACAACCUUUUAGAUCCGGUUGUAUCUACAAGUCCUAAUCACACCCAUUCAUCGCUCCAUAGUAUGCCUCCACAGCCUUCCAACGGUCAAAUGCAACCUCCUUCGCAACCCACUAAUCCCAAUCAAUCAUCCAUGUUUCCCCCGUCUGGCUUACCUGGAUCAUUAGGUGGCUCCAUUUAAUGUAAAAUAAUCCAUGGGUUUCAAUUAUGGAACAUGAAUUCCUGGAAUGAUACCGCUCACCUUAUUCAACACUUGUUUAAGAGUUUGAUACGCUGGAGACCCUGCUAAGUAUCCCAAUCGUCGGGGGUCCUAUCCUAUAUAUGUAUUCCCCAAUUCAUUUGACAUGAUGAGUGUAAUCUCUAAAAAAAGGUUCUCCUCAGAGAAAACACAGGAUGCAUAGAUUGAUGGCUUAUGUGUGAUUAUCGGUUCUUUUUUUUUUUUGUAUAUUGGCAUAAAAGUUCCUUCUUUAU